AUGAUGAUGAUGAGAGGCAUGACUGCUAAGAACUUUGACCCGGUGAAGUACUCUGGGAGAUGGUUUGAAGUAGCUUCUCUUAAACGUGGAUUCGCUGGUCAAGGCCAAGAAGACUGUCAUUGUACUCAGGGCGUAUACUCGUUUGAUAUGAAGGAAGGAGCUAUCAAAGUAGAUACAUUUUGUGUUCAUGGUAGUCCUGAUGGGUAUAUAACAGGAAUCAGAGGAAAAGUUCAAUGCGUUGGUGCGGAAGAUUUGGAGAAAAGCGAGACUGAUUUAGAAAAAAGAGAGAUGAUUAAAGAYAAYUGUUUCCUUCGAUUUCCCACGAUUCCUUUCAUUCCCAAGUUACCUUAUGAUGUAAUAGCUACSGACUACGACAACUACGCUCUUGUUUCUGGAGCCAAAGAUAAAGGCUUUGUUCAGGUGUAUUCCAGGACGCCGAAUCCAGGUCKUGAGUUCAUAGCUAAGUACAAGAACUAUUUAGCGCAAUUUGGAUAUGACCCGGAGAAAAUAAAAGAUACUCCACAGGACUGUGAAGUGAUGUCUGAUGGUCAGCUUGCUGCCAUGAUGUCUAUGCCAGGUAUGGAGCAAACGCUGACAAACCAGUUUCCAGAUCUUGGWUUGAGAAAAUCAGUGCAGUUUGAUCCUUUCACAAGUGUGUUUGAAACCUUGAAGAAACUUGUCCAGCUCUAUUUCAAGUAG